UCUGAACUCUAGGGGAGAGAUCUUCAGAGAAGGGAUCGUUCUAAUGCAAGUCAGUCACAAAGAUAGCAUUUAAGGUUACUUAACCAAAUCAUCGGAGUGGAUUGUAUAUCGAGUUGAAGAAACUGCAGCGUCUGGACUGGGUCUGAACAAUGGAGUCUGCGCUAACAAAAACGCCACAGAAAAGGCAAGUUAUCUUUCUUGCUAUACUGUUGCUUUUGUGGGAGGCUAGCUCUGAGGCAGUUAGGUAUUCCAUACUAGAAGAAACAGAAAGAGGCUACCUUGUGGCCAACCUGGCAAAAGACUUGGGGCUCGGGGUGGGGGAAUUGGCAACCAGGGGCGCGCAAAUCCAUUACAAAGGAAACAAACAGCUCUUGCAUCUCGAUGUAAAGACUGGCAAUUUGCUUCUAUAUGAAAAACUAGACCGGGAGGUGGUGUGUGGGAGGACAGAACCCUGUAUAUUGCAUUUCCAACUAUUACUGGAAAAACCGGUGCAGUUUUUUCAAGUUGAUUUGCAGCUCAGAGAUACAAAUGACCAUUCCCCAGAGUUCGUAGAGAGGGAAGUGCGCCUAAAAAUCCCCGAGAAUGUCCAGCCAGGGGCUGUGUUUCCUUUGAAAGUAGCUCAAGACUUCGACAUAGGUAGCAACACUGUUCAGAACUACACAGUCAGCCCCAACUCCCACUUUCAUGUUGUUACUCAUAAUCGCGGAGAUGGCAGCAAAUACCCAGAGCUGGUGUUGGACAAAGCGCUGGACCGAGAGGAGCAGCCUGAGUUCAGUUUAACCCUCACUGCACUGGACGGUGGGGCUCCGCCCAGGUCAGGGACCGCCACAGUACUCAUUGCCAUCUUAGACAAUAAUGACAAUGCCCCUGAAUUUUUACAGUCACUCUAUGAAGUACAGGUCCCCGAGAACAGUCCCCUUAACUCUUUAGUUCUCGCUGUCUCCGCUCGAGAUCUAGAUGCAGGAGCUUACGGGAAUGUAGCCUACGCUCUAUUUCAAGGCGAUGAAGUUUCUCAACCAUUCGUAAUAGACGAAAUAACAGGAGAAAUUCGUCUGAAAAGGGCACUGGAUUUCGAGACAACUCGAUAUUAUAACGUGGAAAUUGUAGCCACAGAUGGUGGGGGACUUUCCGGAAAAUGCACUGUAGCUGUAGAGGUGGUGGAUGUGAAUGACAACGCCCCCGAACUCACCAUGUCCACGCUCAGUAGUUCUACUCCAGAAAACUCCCCCGAAACUGUAGUUGCCGUAUUCAGUGUUUCCGAUCUAGAUUCUGGGGACAAUGGAAAAAUGAUGUGCUCCAUCCGCAAUGAUCUCCCCUUCCUCUUGAAACCCACAUUCAAGAACUUCUAUACUCUAGUGACACAGAAGCCAUUGGACAGAGAGACCAGAGCCCAGUACAACAUCACCAUCACUGUUACUGACUUGGGGACACCCCGGCUGACAACAGAGCACAGCAUAACCGUGAUGGUAUCAGAUGUCAAUGACAACGCCCCCGCCUUCACCCAAACCUCCUACACCCUGUUUGUCCGCGAAAACAACAGCCCCGCCCUGCACAUAGGCACCAUCAGCGCCACAGAUAGAGACUCAGGCACCAACGCCCAGGUCACCUACUCCCUGCUGCCACCUCAGGACCCGCACCUGCCCCUCGCCUCCCUGGUCUCCAUCAAUGCAGACAACGGACACCUGUUUGCCCUGAGGGCGCUGGACUUCGAGGCCCUGCAGGCGUUCGAGUUCCGCGUGGGCGCCACAGACCGAGGCUCCCCCGCGCUGAGCAGCGAGGCGCUGGUGCGCGUGGUGGUGGUGGACGCCAACGACAACUCGCCCUUCGUGCUGUACCCGCUGCAGAACGGCUCUGCGCCCUGCACCGAGCUGGUGCCCAGGGCGGCCGAGGCGGGCUACCUGGUGACCAAGGUGGUGGCGGUGGACGGCGACUCUGGCCAGAACGCCUGGCUGUCGUACCAGCUGCUCAAGGCCACGGAGCCCGGGCUGUUCAGCGUGUGGGCGCACAAUGGCGAGGUGCGCACCGCCAGGCUGCUGAGCGAGCGCGAUGCGGCCAAGCACAGGCUGCUGGUGCUGGUGAAGGACAAUGGCGAGCCUCCGCUGUCUGCCAGCGUCACGCUGCACGUGCUGCUGGUGGACGGCUUCUCCCAGCCCUACCUGCCGCUCCCGGAGGCGGCGGCGGAGCAGGCCCAGGCCGACUCGCUCACCGUCUACCUGGUCAUCGCCUUGGCCUCGGUGUCCUCGCUCUUCCUGUUCUCGGUGCUGCUGUUCGUGGCGGUGAGGCUGUGCAGGAGGAACAGAGCGGCCUCGGUAGGUCGCUGCUCGAUGCCUGAGGGCCGUUUUGCAGGCCACCUAGUGGAUGUCAGCGGUACUGGAACUGUGUCCCAGAGUUACCAGUAUGAGGUGUGUCUGACAGGAGGCUCCGGGACAAAUGAGUUCAAGUUCCUGAAGCCGGUAAUCCCUAAUCUCUGGCCCCAGGGCUCUAGCGAAGAAAUAGGGAAAACUGCCACCUUCCGAAAUAGCUUUGGAUUCAAUUAGAGAUCUGAUUAUGAUGCAAUGUUUCUUAGCAUUAAUGCUAAGUUAUCCAGAUAUAGAAUUUGACGAUGUCAUGGAGAAAAAGUCCAUCUUCAGAGUUAGGUUUGAUAUCCUUUAAUGGAUUUGUCCAUUGAAUUUUAUGUUGUUCAAUUCUGGAAAUUUCAGUUUUACAUCAUUGCAUUCAUUUUUAUGCAGCCAUUUAAAAUCCAUGCAUGGUAUUGAUUUUCCUGAGAUUUUUUAACUUUUUGUUAUUUGUUAUGAUGAAAUAUCUUACUAAAACAUUAAUUUUA